CAGAAAAAGCAGUCGCAACCGAGGAAUUAAUAAAUAGUUUAGAGUUAGAAAAGAAAGGAUUAAAUGAAAAUAUUGAUAAUUUGAAUACUGAAAACAAGGGAUUAAAUGAUAAGGUUAGCGAGUUAGAAGGACAAUUAGAAACUAAAACUAGUGAAAAUGCUUCUCUGAACGAACAACUAACUAAGGAGCAAGCCGCUCGCCAGGCAACCCGUAAUGAAAAAGACGAAGCACAGGAGAAAUACAAUGUUGCUAACGGAGAACUCACAGCCAAACAAAAGCGGAUAGAAGAAUUAGAGGAAACCAAUAAUAAUUUAACAAACAAUUUUCAGACAAAAGGGGAAGAAUUAGCAACAAAGUUAAGCGAAGCAGAGGAAGCAUUGAAAAAACUACAAACUCAAUUAGAAAAAAAGGAGGCAGCGGAAAAAACAAAGGGCGAACAAGAAGAAAAGAUUAAUGGUUUAGAAAGUCAGUUAGCCAGUCAAAAAGAAGCCAAUUUUGCUUCGUCCGAGCAAUUAAAGAAAACGGGAGAGGAAAUGGACGAUUAUAAAAACCUUAAUAAAUACCAAGAGGAAGUUGAGAGAAUACAGGAACAAAAUACAAUUUUAGAAGCCGAAAAGUUGGGGUUACAAAAUGAAGUAGACAAUUUAAACCAACAAUUAACUGCUGAAAGCACCGAACAUAAUGAGACAAAAAUUAAAUUAGCCACUGCGGAAACUGAGCGGGAUAAUUUUCAAAAUGGAAAAACCACUGCUGAAAAUGAACAAGAUACUGCCAAACAAGAUUUAGAUAAGGAAAAAGCCGACCAUGAAAAUACUAAAAAUGAGCGAGAUACGACCCGCACUGAUUUAGAUGCUGAAAGAACUAACCAUGCUACUACCCAAACCGCUUUAAAUGCUACUAAUGAUAUUUUAAAGAACUGA